AUGGUUCGGUUCAAGAAUCGCUGGCUCCUCGUCGAAUUCGUUGACAUAUCUACGGUGGACGCCCCCAGCGGAACAGAACCUCUUAAUACGCGAUCUUUGGACGGGAGACUGAUCUACAACGCUCUCCGCGACAGCGUCGUGACGAAUUUUGGCGAUACUGGAUGGGGAGCAGUAGGGAUGUCGUUGACUGUGAAGUAUUUUUCACCCACCACGAACCUUUGUAUCAUUCGCGUCUCACGAGAUCAUCAUCGAAUCGCAUGGGGUGCCGUCACGCUUCUCACUGGCAUCCACGAUGUCAGGGUCAUUCCUCGUGUUGUUCACGUCUCAGGCACUAUCAAACAUGCUCAGCUUUCGGCGAUUGCACACAACCGAGAAGUUAUCGCGCGGUUUCGCACUAAAGCCAAAAGUUCCGCACUCUACCAAGACUCGUAUGAAGACUAUCUCGCGCGAAGUACUUGUGAGAUCGAGGCUUUGCAGGACUGA